AUGACACCUGUCCUGGAGCCAGAGCUCAAGACCCAUCUCCUUCGAGCUGCCCUGCAUGCGAUCUUCACCCUGGUACGGCCAGGAUAUGUGUUUCGGGGUCUCACCAGUGCUUCCCAGAGACCCCUCUUCCCAUCCUGUGGCAGGUGUAGCCCCAGUUUCCCUAACUCUGACCCAUGGCUCUCCCUUGCUUUGCAGGAUCUGCAUAGGGUCUUGCCAGACCUCCUGGAUGCCUCGCUGGGGAACCUGCUGGCAGAGUCCCCAGACACUGACCGGCUCCACGACAUCUUGGAGAACUCAGCAGAAUUCCCCAGGAUGGGUCACCAUGUGGCACAGCUGGCUCUGUCCAUCAGUGACCCAGUCAAGGACAUCAGCUGGCAGGCCAGGGAGGGAGUGUACUGGCUCUACCAGCUGCUGCUGCACCAGAGGGGGCUGACCAUCCAUGAGGCCGAAGACCUGUGGUGUUGGGACUGGCACCAGGACAGCAGGGUCCUGGGCUUCAGGAACAGGCAGAUCUUUGGAAAGUUCUUCUCGAAGGAGCAGAGAAGAUCCUUCCUCUGGAUGGCAGUGCUGGCCAUCCACGACCCCCUGCUGCGUGUCAGCCAGGCUACUCCCUCCUGGGGGAAGCUCAGCAGCUAA